AUGGCCGACCAAAAUCGAGUCGCCAAGUUGGACAAGCUCUUAGGCAAUGUUCUCAACGGAAAAGCUACUAUCUCUACCGCCACUCAGAGUAAGCAAUUCAUAGAAGCUAUCUGUGCACAAGCGGACCACGCUGGGUGUGUUGAUAGGAUUAUCGCUGCUGGUCAGCAGGGCCUGGGGGCCAUUCAAGCAUCGUUGCGUACCGAUCUGUCUUCAGCAUUCUUUGACGGACCUGCGACAACGUUAUUAACUUACCUCCAAGACCCUACUAUAAAGGCUAUCAGUGGUGGCCGUUUUCUCGAAAAGAUACUCCAAGCUAUAGUCGAUCCCCCAAUCUUCUGGACGCCGUUUGUCGAGGCAUUCAGAAAUCGUGGUUUGUCUGAACCUACCCAGAAAUGCUUCUCAUGGCUGCUCUUGCAACUCAUGAAGUCGUCUACCGAUGCCACUUCUCCUUAUCUUCCAAUCGCCUUAGACGUGGAGCCGCUCAUGGCCAAGUCUCAUAUAUUAGAUGUCCGCAACUUCUCCGCAGGUAUCCGCAAUGUCAUUUCCGUCCUUUCAGCUCCCCCUACAACUACUUCUACUACACAAGAAGAUCAUCCUCCUGGCGGACGCCAUGAUAAUGAUUUCAAAGACUUUAGAGCCAUCGCCAUCGUUCCUACCAGCGAUGAAAUUGCUUGCGCAACACCACCAUUUCUCCGCAUCAGUUCUGCUUUAGACGAUCCCGAUACUGAAGAAUUUCGCGAGGCAAUUUAUCUUGACCAUUUCUUUCGCUUGACGAGAGAGGAGAUGAUUAAUGAAAUGCGAGAGCAGUUGCAAUUGGCAUUGGGGAAACAGCCUCGGAAGAACCGUCGUGGGCUCACGGUGAACGGUAUGAAACUGGUAGGAGUUGAUAUCGGAGGUGAUGAGCGCCGAGCGAAGUGGGGUCUGGUCUUUGAGUGCUUGGAGGACUGGCCUCAGCUAGCCAGUUUGGAUUCUGAAAAGCGCAUCAGUUUUUUUAAAGCGAAGGAGAAUCAGAAAAUCCUCAAGAAUGGCUCGCUGUGCGUUUUUGUCAUAGGUGAUAAAGCAGUUGCUUUUCCGACAAUCCGUCGGGACGAAACACUUCUUGCCAAAAAGCCACCGCGGAUUGUUCUAGAGCUUGGGGGUGAAUCCGCUGUGACUGAGCUGUUGCUGAAAACACAAGUAACUACGGACGUCCGUCUUAUCCCUAUCAAUACUGCCAUUUUCGCAUUCGAACCCAUUCUCAACACGCUCAAACGAAUGAAAACUCUGCCGCUGGUAGAUGAAAUUCUGUUUUGGAAUCCCGAUAAACCUCUUAGAGGUCCAUCUUAUCCUUUUCCUCUUGAGCAGGCAAUCUCCAACAUUUCUCGAAAUCCACAAACUGAUGUCGGUGCUAUGCUCAAAUUGGGCAAGAAGAUUGUACUCGACGAUGCUCAGGCUAAAUCUCUGCUUUCCGGACUCAAGCAAAACUUAUCAAUCAUCCAAGGCCCACCAGGAACUGGAAAAUCAUUCAUAGGGGCUCUCCUGGCCAAAUUUCUCUAUGAAUUCUCUGAUCACAAAAUUCUGGUUGUAUGUUACACCAAUCAUGCUCUGGAUCAAUUCUUAGAAGACCUUCUUGGUGUUGACAUUCCAGAAAAUGACAUGGUCCGACUUGGAGGGGGAAAGACUGCCGAACGCACGCAGUCCAUGCUUUUGCGAAAUCAGCCUCGUUCCUACCGCUUUAGCAAAGGCGAUAAUUCGAUCAUCACUCAAUUGAAAGCUGAUGGAGAACUCAGAGGUCUUGGCCUUCAGCGAUCCUUUGACUCAUUCAUCCAAUCGUCUGUGGGUGAUGCGGACCUUCUUGUUCACAUUGAGUUUGAGGAACCAGAGUUCUUCGAAGCCUUCAGCGUACCGGUUUCUGAAGACGGCAUGGCUACAGUGGGAAAAGGUGGUCGUGCAGUCAAUGAAUUCUACUUGGUAAAUAGGUGGCGCCAAGGACAAGAUGCAGGAGUCUUUCAAAGACAACAAAAUGUCUUGAAUUCCACGCACAUAUGGAACAUACCGAAGGUGGAUCGGAAGGCUCUCGAGGACAAAUGGGUGCAGGAGAUAUUGACUGAAAAGAUUGACACAUUGUAUAAGCAAGCGCGACGCUACGACAAAACUCAGAUUGAGCUGGAGCAGAAGUUCCGUGAAAGAGACAUCGCCGUUUUGAAAAGCAAACGUAUUAUUGGUUGCACCACUACUGCUGCGGCCAAGUAUGCUUCUGAUCUUCACGAAGUGGGUAUCAAUGUCCUUUUAGUCGAGGAAGCUGGGGAAAUUCUUGAAAGUCAUGUCAUUACGGCGCUCAGCUCCUCAAUUGAGCAAGUAAUACUCAUCGGUGAUCAUAAGCAACUCCGCCCAAAAGUCAAUAACUAUAACCUCACUGUAGAGAAAGGAGAUGGUUAUGAUCUUAACCGAUCCCUCUUUGAACGGUUGGUCCUUAAAGGGUAUCCUCAUGAAACUCUUGUUGCGCAACAUCGUAUGCGUCCAGAAAUAUCCGCUAUCAUUCGUCAUAUCAUAUAUCCCGACCUUCUCGAUGCCCCAAAGACCUUGAAUCGUCCAAACAUUUUUGGUCUACAGGAUAAUGUCGUUUUUAUUGAUCAUUCCCAACCGGAGGGUGAUAAUGGUUUAAUUUCUGACAAACGUGACUUGGGUUCGAAAGCUUCAAAGCAGAACUUGUUCGAAGCGCGGAUGGUGCUGAAGAUUAUAAAGUACCUUGUUCAGCAGGGAUAUCGCACGGACGAUCUUGUUGUUCUUACUCCAUACCUUGGACAAUUGUCUACACUCCAACAAGAACUUCAAGCAGAAACAGAUCCAGUCCUGAAUGACCUCGACAACUUUGAACUCGUUCAGGCUGGAUUAAUUCCUCGCUCUUCCCAGAAUUCGUACAAGAAAAAGCUGCGAUUAGCCACGAUUGACAAUUACCAAGGAGAGGAGAGUGAUAUUGUUGUUGUGUCUUUGACACGAAGCAAUAAUAACAAUGAUAUCGGCUUCAUGUUUGCCCAAGAGCGUCUCAACGUACUCUUAUCCCGCGCAAAAAACGGGAUGGUGCUCAUCGGUAAUUCGCACACAUUUACACACUCUCGAAAGGGACAUGAACUCUGGACAAAAUUACUCACGUUUCUGCGUGAGCACAAGCAUGUCUACAAUGGUCUACCUGUCGUUUGCCAGCAACAUACUCAGCGCAAAUCAAUCAUAGUAGAUGAGGCUCAAUUUGACGUUGAUUGUCCGGACGGUGGCUGCUCUGAACCUUGUGGUUCUAUCCUUUCAUGUGGUAUUCAUCAAUGCCCGUUGAAGUGUCACCGUAUUGGCGACCACAGCACCGUUUUCUGUUCCACUAGGAUCGAAGCGCAAUGUCUGAAGGGACAUGAUCAAACUCGACGCUGUUCGGAUCCUCCACCUACGACUUGCAAGCAUUGUGAUAGGAUAGCCAAGUCAGUGCAAGCUCAAAAGGACAAGGAACUCAAAAGUCGAAUGAAGCGACAACAGGAAGAGCAAGAACAUCACAAGCAAUUGAAGGAGUUAGAACAGAAAAUCAGUGAACAGCAGGAACUUGCUCGUGAUGCUCAGUCGAAGAGACAACGGGACAACGAGCUUCAGCAGAAGGCCGCUGACGUCGAAGAAGCAAAGACGCUGACCCAAAGAGCCAUCUCCUUGGCUCAACAGAUUAGGCAACAGGUGUUCCCUACCUUCACGACGGCUUCAACGGAUCCAUUGAAAUCUCCACAGCCACCGACUCAGAGGGUGACCACGUCGAGCGAUACGACACAGCGUCUUCCUGCAGUCCUCACAUCACCAAGCAGCAACAGUAAGCUUUCAUCCGAGUCUGAAGAUCGAUGGCAAUACAAGAAGAACAUCGAAGGAGUCAACAACCAAGCGGUUGAUGCCAUCAUGAAGAUGACCGGCCUCGAAAAGGUCAAGUCUGAGGUCUUGAAAAUCCUCGAUAGUAUAGAAGUAAAGCAGCGCCAGGGAGCUCGGUAUGAUGAUGAACGGUACAAUGUGGCAUUUCUUGGGAACCCUGGGACAGGCAAGACAACUGUGGCUCGGCAUUACGCUAAAUAUCUCAGCUCUGUCGGCGUGAUUUCAGGCAGUGCGUUUGAGGAGACAACAGGAUCCAAGCUCGCCAGCGACGGCGUUAAAAACACUGAGGCCCUGCUGGACAAGGUCAAGAAUGCUGGAGGUGGUGUCAUCUUCAUCGAUGAGGCAUAUCAGCUUGUCAGUGGUGCUUACGGUGGGAAAGAGGUCCUAGACUUCUUGCUCGCAGAAAUGGAAAAUAACAUUGGCAGGCUUGUCUUCAUUCUUGCUGGUUAUAACAAACAGAUGGAGAAAUUUUUCGAGCACAACCCCGGUAUUCCUAGCCGUGUCCCUCAUACAUUCCAUUUCUAUGACUACAGCGAUGACGAGCUUCGCCUCAUGUUUGAGAGGAAGUUACACGAAAAAUUCGACGGAAGACUCAAAGUUGAAGCUGGUGUUCAUGGCUUGUAUGGCCGGAUCGCCAUACGCCGUUUAGGUCGUGGAAGAGGACGUGAAGGCUUUGGCAAUGCUCGUGCGCUGGAAAAUCUAGUAUCCAUCAUCCUGAAGCGUCAGGCCUCUCGAACAACAAAGGAGCGUACCUCCGGUACGCGUCCCGAUUAUUUGCAGCUUGUCAAGGAGGACCUCAUUGGACCAGAUCCUGCAACUGCUAUACUCCAAUGUGGCAGCUGGACAAAGCUUCAAGAACUUACUGGAUUGAACUCUGUCAAGAGAUCAAUUGAGGAUUUAUAUGACAUAAUUGGGCGCAACUACGCCAGAGAGUUGAAUGAGGAAGAACCGCUUCAAAUGACGCUUAACAAGUGCUUCAUUGGAUCGCCUGGUACUGGUAAGACUACUGUAGCAAAACUUUACGGACAGAUCUUGGUUGAUCUCGGAUUACUAUCUAACGGAGAAGUCAUCAUGAAGAAUCCCGCUGAUUUUAUUGGGAAUGUGCUGGGUGCUUCCGAAACCCAAACGAAAGCUAUCCUUGCAAGCUCAGUUGGAAAGGUUCUCAUUAUUGACGAGGCGUACAUGUUGCACACGGGCAAGACGAACCAAAGCUCAGAUAUAUACAAAACUGCAGUCAUAGACACGAUCGUGGCAGAAGUUCAAAGUACUUUGGGCGAGGACCGAUGUGUAAUCCUUUGUGGUUAUGAAAAAGAGAUGCGUGACAUGUUCCAGGCGGUUAAUCCGGGUCUCAGUCGUCGAUUUUCUAUUGAAGAUGCAUUCAAAUUCGAAGAUUUCACUGCAGACCAACUCAUCGAAAUCCUGGACCUCAAGUUAAAGCAGCAAAGUCUUGGCGCUACAGAUGAUGCGAAGAAAGUCGCCCAGGAAGUCCUAAACAGAGCCAAAAUGCGCCCGAACUUUGGUAAUGGCGGAGAUGUCGAGAACCUCAUCAACAAAGCGAAGCAAAACUAUGUUCACCGCAUUCGCGGGUCACUCGUGCCGCGAGAUGCCAGUAUUAUAUUUGAGCCAGCAGACUUCGAUCCCCAUUUCAAUCGAGUACAUGAUUCUAACAAGAUUGAUGAGCUCUUCAAGGACGUUGUUGGGUGUGAGGGUAUCAUGGACAAAAUGCGGAGCUUCCAGAAAGUCGCUCAAACGGGAAAGAUGCGCGGUGAAGAGAUUAGCGAUCUUGUGCCCACGACUUUUGUUUUCAAAGGCCCGCCCGGUACCGGAAAGACUACUACUGCUCGCAAGAUGGGGGAAGUUUACUUUGAUCUCGGUUUGCUCAGCAGUGCGGAGGUGCACGAGUGCUCGGCUUCCGAUCUUGUAGCACAGUAUGUUGGCCAAACUGGGCCCCGCGUACAGGAUGCGUUCAAGAGAGCCGCAGGCAAGGUGUUGUUCAUUGACGAAGCCUACCGUCUAGGUCAAGGACACUUCUCACAAGAAGCUGUUGAUGAGAUUGUUACUCUCUUGACGGAUGAACGAUACAAAGGGAAGAUUGUGGUCAUCCUUGCAGGAUACAGCGAGGAUAUCAAUCAACUACUCUCCAGCAAUAGAGGGCUGUCCAGCAGAUUCACAGAAGAAGUGAUAUUCAACAACCUUCAGCCGAAAGAGUGUAUGUCUAUUCUAGUGAAUGACCUUGCUGCAAAGAAGGUCAUGCUCGCAGGCAUUGAUGAUGCCACAAAGGAGAUCCAUCAGAAUGUCUUAGAACUCUUUAAUGACUUCAUAUCUCUAAAUGAUUGGGGAAAUGCUCGAGACGUGAAGACUCUUGCAAAGAAGAUGAUAGAGAAGACAUUCGUUCGGAAUGUUACUAUUGGCGACAGCUUAGUUUUGUCGAGUGAAGAUGCCUUGGACGUUGCAAAGGAUAUGCUUGCGGACCGUCGCUCCAGAAUGGUAGUUUCUCCCGGCUCUACCCGUCGCAAGGGGACAGAUGCACCUGUGCAGCUCGCGCCUGUUGUUCCACCACAGGCACCACCACCACCUUUCGUCGGCACGAAUACAGCGACUAGUGCAGCACCUCAAAAACGGCGGAGAGAACGCCGACGCCAGCCAAAGAAAGCUCAGCAGCUGACAAAGGACACAGAAAGCGAUGGUAGUGGUUCGUCGGCCCCAAAGCAAAACCCGCGUAGGAAUGCAGAUGAACCAAAGCAUGUCCAAAGCGGCUACGACGCCAGGCGUGAUUCUGGGGUCAGUGAUGAAGUUUGGGCUGAACUACAAAAAGCAAAGGCAGAACAGGAGGCAAAUAAAGUGCGGGCCCAAAAGAAGCUUGAUGCAGCUAUCAAGGCAGCAGUUGACGCAGCGAAGAAGGCCGCAGAGGAGAGAAGGCGUGUUCAGGCACUAGCAGAGAAAAUCAAGAAAGAACAAGAUCGUUUGAAGAAAGAAGAACUAGAGCGUCAAAGAAAGGAGCAGCUGAUCAAAGAAAAGGAAGCAAUACGCCGACGUAAAGAGAAAGAGGAACGGCUCAAAGCUGAAAAGGAGGCUCAGGAGAGGGCUAAGAGGAAGGAGGAAGAGGCUCAGAAGAAACUGCAGCAGAUGGGAGUAUGUGUGGCUGGAUUUAGGUGGAUCCCUUGCGGUACUGGAUAUCGAUGCGCUGGGGGUUACCAUUUUGUUUCCAACAGUGAACUUCAGCUUUGA